CUUCUCUCUACUAUUCCGCAAGUCUUACUAUCCAGAAGUCCUAUUAAUCUAUCAAUUUCCUCGUCCCCAGCGCGAGGAUACUCUAAUUAGCACACAAUGGCUGAGACCCAGGCUCCCGAGGUUGACUACACCCUCAACAACCCCGACACCCUUACCAAGUACAAGACCGCUGCUCAGAUCUCCCAGAAGGUCUUGGAAGCCGUUUCAGGAUGGUGUGUUGAGGGAAGCAAGAUUGUCGAGCUCUGCCAGAAGGGUGACCAGCUCCUCGAGGAGGAGAUUGCCAAGGUCUACAAGGGCAAGAAGAUCGCCAAGGGUAUCUCUCACCCUACCACUGUCUCUCCCAACUCCUAUGUGACUCCCUACACUCCUUUGGUGUCCGAUGCUGCCGAGGCCGAGACUACCCUGAAGGCUGGUGAGGUUGUUAAGAUCCAGCUGGGUGCUCAGAUCGAUGGCUUCGGAACCAUUGUUUGCGACAUGGUCAUUGUUGCCGACAGCAACUCCUCUUCCGAUGAGGUGACUGGCCGCGAGGCUGACCUGAUUCACGCCACCCACUACGCCAACGAGCUUCUCCUGAGACUGUUGGUCCCUGCCGGCCUCCUGGCCAGCGGUACUGAGGAGGAGAAGCAGAAGGCCGCCGCCCAGAAGCCUUACACUCAGGCUCAGAUCACCCAGCUCAUUGAGAAGGUUGCCAAGGUCUACGACUGCAACGUCGUCGAGAACACCACCAGCUGGCUGUUCCAGCGCAACGAGAUUGAGGGCGAGAAGAAGAUCAUCCUCUCUCCCGGCACUGGUGUCAAGGGUGAGGGUCUUCCCGACGUCGGCGAGGUCUGGGGUAUUGAACUCGGACUGUCCCUCGGAUCCGGCAAGGUCAAGACUCUUCCCCACCGUGCUACUCUGCAUCGCCGUACCACCACCACCUAUGGCCUCAAGCGCCCUAGCUCUAGACAGACCCUGUCCGAGGUUGUCAAGAAGUUCGGCACCUUCCCCUUCAGCUUGCGUCAGCUGGAUGACGAGAAGGCCGCGAAGGUUGGUGUCGUUGAGUGUGUCCGUGGUGGUGUCCUGAGACAGUACGAGCCCGCCGGUGAUGCUGACAACGCUGCCGUGUCCCGUGUGCUGUCUACCAUUGCCAUCACCAAGAACGGUAUCACCCGUCUUACUGCUCCCACCACUCCCGAUCUUACCAAGUUCAAGACCGACAAGAAGAUCGAGGACGCGGAGAUCCUCGAGAUCCUUGAGCGUCCCUUGGCCAAGUCUACUGGCUCCAAGAAGAACAAGAACAAGAAGAAGAAGGCCGCCAAGACGGAGGACUCCAAGGAUGAGGAGUAAAUGCAUCGUU